AAAAUUUCAUAACAAAUCUCAACACAUCCCAAAUCGCGCGGAACUUGUUUAAAGCCCGGAAAAGGGCAAAACGACACCGUUCCGAAGCACCUGAGUCCUGAGCUACAGUGCUCACUGUGUAUAUAUACGUAUACAUAGACAGAGACAGUUAAAAGAAGAUAGUUACAGGCUUGGAGCUCUCAAAAAUCUUCAUCUUCUUCUUCAAACUUUGAGAUCUGAAGCCCAAUGGUGGCUGUGGCUCUCAAUCUCUGAGCGAAGAUUCGAGAGAAAUCGGAAUCAGAAUCAAAUGGCGGUGGUGGUUGAGACCUCCGUUUGGGAACCGAGUCCGGCGCUCUACGUCUUCAUCUUCUUCGCCUGCCUCUUCUCGAUUCUCUUCUUCCCCUACGCCUCCGGCACCGCCAACACCAGCGCCGCCUCCGUGGCGAAAGCUCCGUCGCUUUUCGACCACGGCGGCUCCCCCACCGCCUCGUCGUUCCGGUUCCAGCGGAACUUCCUGCUGCUCUAUUCUCUCGCCUCAGUUAUGGAAGGACUGUGGUCGGUGUUCGGUGAGUUUGAGCUGGCGUACUACGGAUUAAGCAAAGAGAAAAUGGUGCUUUAUCUCUGUGUAGGAUUCGCAGCUUCGAUUUCUAUUGGUUCUUUGUUAGGUGUGGUUUGUGAUUUAAUAGGUCCGAAGAAAGUUUGUUUCUUCUUUUGCUUGCUACACCUCCUUGUUGGCUUGUUGAAGAGAAUCAUCCCUCAUCCGAGUGUUUGGAUGGCUAGUAUUUGUUUGUCUAUCACAAGUUCUGUUUUUUCAUUCGGUUUCGAGACUUGGAUGGUAGUUCAACAUGACGAGCAAGGGCACAGGCAGGAUAUGCUGAGUGAGACAUUUUGGUUGAUGAGUUUCUUUGAGUCAGCAUGUCUUAUUGGAAGCCAGGUUUUUUCAAAUUGGCUCAUAGGUAAUAAUGCGGAGAGAAGUAUGGCGGCUCAUUCCACUGCAGCUAUCUUCUUGGCAGCAAUAAGCUUAGUCUGUCUCACCAAGGGAUGUAAAGAAAUCCCACACAAAGUAGCUCUAAAGGAGUAUAGGGCAUCUUUUCGUGCAUACAUUGUUGGCGAUAAAAGAAUAUGGCUUUUGGCAUGGGCACAAGCUUGCCUUCACUUCUCUGUAGCAGUAUUCUGGAUACUAUGGGCCCCAACAAUAGUGGCUGACGGACGAGAGGUGCACCUAGGGUUGAUAUAUCCCUGUUUUCUGGGAUCAAGAAUGCUAGGAAGCACAGUAUUCCCAUGGCUCAUUAGUGGACUUUCAUCCCUUAGAACUGAGGAUUGCCUAGUAUAUGCAUUCAUUGUUCUGGGGCUAGUAAUGUCCAUAACAGCUUAUGACUAUCAGGAAGUUGGGAUGCUAGUUACACUAUUUUGCAUAUUUCAUGCCGGCCUUGGCGUGGUACUGCCUUCACUUGCCAGAUUGAGAACCAUGUAUGUGCCUAAUGCACUGCGUGGAGGGAUGAUAAGCCUUUCUCAAGCCCCCGCAAAUGCAGCAAUUCUGCUUUUUCUGGUGCAAGGAAAAUACCACAAUAACAUUGGAAACUCAACGAUCAUAGCAUUUUCUGCCCUGGGGUUAUUCACAGCAGCCGGCUGCAUGCAUGUCUUGAAGCGAUGGGGGAAGCAACCAUAUCAGAACUGGCACAAAUUGUGAGCUGCUACUAAUCAUCAGCAUAUUGGCCGAGUUAGACAUCAUCAAACAAUUUUUGACUAACAGAAGAAGAAAUUAUGUGCCAAACAGUUAACUGAGGUAUGCCAGUAUGGGAAGACAAACAAAAAACCUGUACAGUCUGAAGAAUUGUGAUUCAUGUGGUCCUAUAUAUUCUGUAGGAAUAGCUGAAGUCUUGUCCAAGACGGAAGUCAGCUGUUGAUUCUUUGCCAGUGUGUCCAAUUCAAGUUUCCUGACCCAUCUCAGCCUUGUUUCUGUGCACAUCUGCAGGGUUAGCCGGGAUAAGAGAAGGGACGUACAUGCUUUACUACCAGCUGUGUAGACUACUAGUUCCAGUUUAGGGAUUUAGAGCAUUAGCAGUAGGCGACCCUCUGUCAUCCCCAUUUUGAUGAUUUUUUUGUAUUUUUUUGUUAUUCUUUUUAAUUUGGGUUGUAAUUCUUCCACUUACAGUGGCAUAAUGACAAGUAUAGUUUGUCAGAACCUUGUACUAAAGAGAAUGGUAAUAGAAUGGUAGAGUCCAACCAUCAGGCUCAGCCAAAUAUAUACAUAUGCAGUAUUUCAAU